GAGAUCCCAUUCGGAAAUGACAAUGAUCCUUUGUCGUUCGAUUGGGUUGUGAUCGCUCGCUCGUCUGGACGUCUCUAUCUGGGAUGUACCCGUACAGUGCGGAGGAUGCUGCCCAAACGGUCAUGGCAGCGGCGGCUGCGUACCGGGCGCUGCUCGACUAUUACGCCAACGCUCCCAGUGCGGCAGGUCACAUCGUUUCGCUGACCCUGGUCCCGUUCAACGAUACUGCAGGAUCCCCCUCGUACGCGGGCGGAGUCAGCACGAGCUACGGCUUUGGGGACAGCUCUGGCUCAGGCUUUGGCUCUGGCUUCAGUGGCAAUACCAGCCCCAGCCCCAGCCCCGGAUCCAUCUCGGGAGGCGGCAGCAGCAGCGCCGCCACCAGCACCACGGAGAUGCCCGUCUGGCUGAUACCCAGCUACAGCGUGAUUCUGCUGUUCGCCGUGCUGGGCAAUCUGCUGGUCAUCUCCACUUUGGUGCAGAACCGCCGGAUGCGGACCAUCACCAAUGUCUUUCUGCUGAACCUGGCCAUUUCGGACAUGCUUCUGGGCGUGCUCUGCAUGCCCGUCACGCUGGUGGGCACCCUCCUCCGCAACUUCAUCUUUGGGGAGUUCCUCUGCAAGCUGUUCCAGUUUUCGCAGGCUGCCUCCGUGGCCGUGUCCUCGUGGACCCUUGUGGCGAUCUCCUGCGAGCGCUACUACGCCAUCUGCCAUCCGCUGCGCUCGCGAUCCUGGCAGACCAUCAGCCAUGCCUACAAGAUAAUCGGAUUCAUUUGGCUCGGGGGAAUCCUGUGCAUGACGCCGAUAGCCGUCUUCAGUCAAUUGAUACCAACCAGUCGGCCAGGAUACUGCAAGUGCCGGGAGACAUGGCCUGAUCAGGGCUACGAGCAGUUCUACAACAUUCUGCUGGACUUCAUGCUGCUCGUCCUGCCCCUGCUGGUGCUCUGUGUGGCCUACAUCCUCAUCACCCGCACCCUCUACGUGGGCAUGGCCAAGGACAGCAGCAGGAUAAUGGCCAUGCAGCAGACGGCCACGGCAGCAGGCCCAACCCCAGCCCCAUCCACCGGGGUAGUGCCUGCCGGGGGAGCUGCAGCAGCUGGGCCCAGCAGCAAUAGCAGCAACAGCUGCAUCCUGGUGCUGACCGCCAGCACAGUCUACAACGAGAGCAGCAACAACAACAAUGGCGCCGCAGUCGCAGCUCCUGCACCUGCGCCUGCCCCAGCACCAGCACCAGCAACAACGAGAACGACAACGACAACGACAACGACUGCGACACUGACUACGAGAGCAUCAGCGACAACGUCAGCGAUGAUCAAAACGACAAGCACAACCACAACGACGGUGACGCUGGCCAAGAUGUCCUCGCCCAGCAUGCGGGUCCAAGACGCUGCUCUUCGCAGAUCAAACGAAGCAAAGACUCUGGAGAGCAAGAAGCGAGUCGUGAAGAUGCUGUUCGUCCUGGUGCUGGAGUUCUUCAUCUGCUGGACGCCACUGUACGUGAUCAACACGCUGAGCAUGUUCAUCGGACAGGCGCUGUAUGAGUAUAUCGACUACACCUCCAUAAGCUACCUACAGCUGCUGGCCUACUCCUCCAGCUGCUGCAAUCCGAUCACUUACUGCUUCAUGAACGCCAGCUUCCGGCGCGCAUUCGUCGACACCUUCAAGGGCAUGCCCUGGCGGCGGGCUGGGACUGGGGCGGCGGGCGCCAUUGCCCUAUCCGCCAGCCAAGUGGCGAACAACAACCCCAAUGCCGUCAAUGCCAAUCCUGGCCAAGCCAUGGGCAUGGGCACUUGGCGGACCCGUUCUCGCCACGACCCACUAAAUUCGGUGGUGCACACCAGCAGCGCCACGGCGGCUGACAGUCCACGGCUCUAGGCUGUAGGCUCCACAGAUCCAACGAGGACUAAUGUAAAUAUGUACAUGACUCGUAUUUUUUUGUUAUAGC